AUGGCUGAAAAGGGUUACCUGCAACUGAAGGAGCUAGGAUCCAAGCUCGACACCGUUCCAUCUUCCAAAGACGCUCUCGUCAAGCUCUUGAAGCAAGCAACCACAUGCCUUGCGGAGUUAGAUCAAUCACCUUUGACUACAACACGGGAUUCAAUGAAUCCCUUUUUUAAUGCAAUUGUUAAGCCAGCAUUGCUGAAGCACCAAGAUAAAGAUGUCAAACUUCUGGUUGCAACAUGUAUUAGUGAGAUAACUCGGAUCACCGCACCUGAAGCUCCUUAUAAUGAUGAAAUUUUAAAGGAUACCUUUCGAUUGACUGUGAGCACUUUUAGUGGUCUAAGUGAUACUAGUGGUGCAUCAUUUGGACGGAGAGUUGUUAUAUUGGAGACUCUUGCAAAGUAUAGGUCGUGUGUUGUGAUGUUGGACCUUGAAUGUGAUGAUUUGGUCUAUGAAAUAUUCCGUACUUUUGUUGCGGUUGCCAGAGAUGAUCAUCCAGAAAGUGUCCUGUCAUCCAUGCAAACUAUAAUGGUGGUUCUCUUAGAAGAAAGUGAGGAUGUUCGCGAGGAUCUGUUAUCUAUUUUACUUUCUACAUUAGGCCGUGGAAAUAAAGAUGUUACUAUGGCUGCAAGAAGACUUGCCAUGAAUGUCAUACAACAAUGCAUGGGAAGACUUGAGCCCAGCAUUAAACAACUUUUGCUAUCGUUAAUGGCUGGAGAUAGCAAGCUAGUGAACAAUCAAAUUGAAUACCAUGGAAUUAUCUAUGAUCUGUAUUGCUGUGCUCCUCAGAUCCUAUUUGGAGUUCUCCCUUAUGUGACCGGAGAGCUACUGACUGACCAGUUGGAAACCCGUUUGAAAGCAAUGAACCUGGUCGGCGAUAUGAUUUCUAUUCCUGGAACUUCCAUUCCUGAAGCAUUUCAGCCUAUAUUUUCAGAAUUCUUAAAGAGGUUGUCUGAUAGGGUUGUUGAGGUUCGCAUGUCGGCCCUUGAGCAUGUAAAGAACUGUAUGCUGUUGAAUCCUUUUAGAGCCGAAGCUUCUCAAAUAUUAUCUGCCCUUUGCGAACGGCUGAUGGAUUUUGAUGAAAAUGUUCGAAAGCGUGUUGUGGCUGUUAUAUGUGAUGUGGCAUGUCAUGCCCUAAAUGCAAUUCCACUUGAAACGGUGAAACUUGUAGCGGAACGGCUUCGCGAUAAAUCUCUACUUGUUAAAAAGUAUACUAUGGAGAGGUUGGCUGAGGUUUUUAGAGUUUAUUGUGAGAAAAGCUGUGACACAACCAAUCUCAAUGAAUAUUAUUGGAUUCCAGGGAAGAUCGUUAGAUGUUUCUAUGACAAGGAUUUCAGAUUUGAUAUAGUUGAAUCUAUUUUAUGUGGAUCCCUAUUUCCAGUAGAGUUUUCAAUUAGUGAUAUUGUUAAACAUUGGGUUGGGAUUAUCUCUGGAUUUGAUAAAGUGGAGGUCAAGGCUCUUGAAAAGAUAUUAGAGCAGAAACAAAGGUUACAGCAAGAGAUGCAGAAGUAUCUGUCUCUAAGGCAGAUGCAUCAGGAAAAAGAUGUUCCUGAGGUCCAAAAAAAGAUUAUUUUCUGUUUCAGAGUAAUGUCCCAUUUGUUUGCUGACCCCAUAAAGGCUGAAGAGAGUUUCCGGGUUCUUGAUCAAUUAAAAGAUGCUAAUAUUUGGAAGAUUUUGGCAAAUCUUGUUGAUCCAAAUACUAGCCUCCAUCAAGCACGCUCCUAUCGGGAGGAUGUGCUUACAAUACUAGGUGUAAAACACCGUCUCUAUGAAUUUCUGAAUACAUUCUCUAUGAAGUGCUCCUACGUGCUUUUCAACAAGGAGCAUGUAAAAGAAAUUUUUGUACAAAUAGUAGCUCAAAAAUCUGCAAAGAAUGCUCAGCGUACACAGUCUAGCAUGAAUUUAUUGGUGAUAAUUGCUCGUUUCUGUCCAUUGCUUCUUAAUGGCAGUGAGGAGGAACUGGUGAAUCUACUGAAGGAUAACAAUGAUAUUAUUAAAGUAGGUGCUCUUAAUGCUUUAGCUAAGGCCGGUGCUACUAUUCGUAAACAACUUUCAGUAAAGUCAAGUUCGGUAGACCUUAUGUUGGAGACAUUAUGCUUAGAAGGUAGUCGGAGGCAGGCAAAGCAUGCUGUCCAUGCAUUGGGUGCGAUUACAAAGGAUGACGGCCUCAAGUCUCUUUCUGUUCUAUACAAGAAACUAGUAAAUAUGCUAGAAACAAAAACACAUCUGCCUGCAGUACUGCAGUCCCUGGGGUGUAUCGCGCAGACCGCAAUGCCUGUUUUUGAAACUAGAGAGAAUGAGAUUAAAGAAUUUAUAAUAAACAAGAUUCUGAAAAGCGAUGGUAAAGAUCAGACUAGAACUUCUUGGGGUGAUAAAAGCGAUCUUUGUAUGUUGAAGAUAUAUGGUAUUAAAACCUUAGUAAAGAGUUACCUGCCUUUCAAUGAUGCUCAUGUUCAUAUGGAUAUUGAGAGUCUUCUGAAUAUCCUUAGGAAGAUGCUAUCUUAUGGUGAAAUAUCAAAAGACCUACAAUCAAGUCCAGUUGAUAAGGCUCAUUUGAGGCUUGCUUCCGCAAAGGCUGUUAUUCGUUUGUCAAGGGUUUGGGAUAAAAAAAUACCCGUUGAUCUUUUCUACUUAACUUUAAGAGUAUCUGAGAUAAGCUUUCCUCAAGCUAAGAAGGUUUUUUUAAACAAAGUUCACCAAUAUGUUAAAGACCGCCUUUUGGAUGCCAAAUAUGCAUGUGCUUUCUUAUUCAACAUAUUUGGAUCCAAGCCACAUGAAUUUGCAGAGGCUAAACAGAAUCUGGCAGACAUUAUUCAAAUGCACUACCAGGCGAAGGCACGACAAAUUCCAGUGCAAUCAGAUGCAAGUUCUUUGACCAUUUACCCGGAAUACAUUCUUCCAUACCUCGUUCAUGCACUUGCUCAUAACUCAUGUCCCAGUGUUGAGGAGUGCAAGGAUGUUGAAGCAUAUGAUAAUAUAUACCGGCAGUUGCACUUGAUACUGUCAAUAUUACUUCAACGAGAUGAAGGUGCCAAAUCAGAAGUAACCACUAACACAGAAAAAGAAAUUAUAUCUACUAUCACUUCAAUCUUUAAGAGUAUCAAACUCUCCGAAGAUAUAGUUGACACUUCAAAGACAAAGAUUUCUCAUGCAAUAUGUGACCUUGGCUUAGCAAUAACUAAACGAUUAGCGCAGAAGGAUGUUGAUCUGCAAGAGUUGUCCCAUUUGGUGUCUCUACCUCCAAUGCUAUACAAAGCAGUUGAGAAGAAGGAAGGAGAUGACACUAUGCUGGUAAGUGAAGUGAAAAGCUGGAUUGUGGACGAUACCGCCUUGGCUCACUUUGAAUCUCUUGAGCUAGAAAUGGUUCAAUCCCAAUCAGCUGAGGAUGAAGCUUCAAAGGAUAAUGGAGAAAACGAAAUACCUUUGGGAGUGAUGUUGAAGCAAAUCAAAUCACAGGUGAUUAAUGGAAAAAAGGUGAAAAAGAUUAAGUCUGUGCCAGCUGAAAUAGAAAAGAUUGAAAAUGAUUUUUCUAGCUUGAAUACGGUCAGACAAAUCAACUUGGAUAACUUGGGGUCACCAAAUGUUGAACAAUGUAAUGGUCAUGAACAUUCUUUAAGUAAGAAAACACCAGAGGAUCCAGAGCAUGCUACAGGUCAAAAAAGAAAAACCGGUGAAACAACACCUGAUCCAGUGUCUAAACGUAGUAGGUCUUCCUCUGCUCAUGAUAGUGACAUGCAGAAAAUAACGCUCAAAGACUUCUUAGUGUCCUCAUUAAAACAAAAAGUUAAGGGCUCUGAAAGCUAUCAUAGUGAUGAGUCGAAUAAACAUGAUGAAUAUGACAUGAAGAGUCAUGAUGAUUUGGAACAGAGUGAAAAGACUACAAGUAAUAAUUCCAAGUCAUCCACACGUUUUAGUAAGAAGAGUAAGAGAAAAAGUACUGCAGGAUUGACAAAGUGCACAAUGAAGAAAGGUGAAAUUGAUCCUGAAGAUCUAAUUGGUUGCAGAAUUAAAAUUUGGUGGCCUACGGACAAGAAAUUUUAUGGAGGAACUAUCAAGUCUUAUGAUUGUUUAAAAAAGAAGCAUGUGAUAUUAUAUGAUGAUGGAGAUGUAGAAAUACUUCGUUUGGACAAGGAGCGCUGGAAGCUUUUGGACAAGGGUCGUAAAUCUACUAAGAAGAUAAAACGCUCAUCACUUGUAACUUUCGGGCACAAACAUAAUGGUUCACCAAGUAAAAAGAAAAAGAAAAUAGUUAAUGAUAAACAAUCUCCAAGCAAGCCUGUAAAACCUAGAAAAAUAUAUGCAUCAAAAAGUGAUAUCCAUCAAGAGGAGGCCAAAGAGACAUCUGAGUCAUCAAACCAUGAAGAAACCAUGACUUACGAAGCUGCUGAUGAGAUGAACUCAGGUGGUUCAGAAGAGGAACUGACAUCAGGGUCCGAUGAAAUCACAACAAAGGGGAAGAAAUCUACCAAGAAAGUGAGAUCAAUUUCCAGAAGAAAGAAGCUCAAGAAAACCAAUAACUCUCGUAAUAUUGAAGAAUCAGACGAAGAUAAACAGGACUAUAGUGAGAGGAGUUCUGAAGAUAGAGAAAGUGUCCCGCAAUAUAGCUCAGACGAGAGGAAUGCAGAUGAAUCAACUGAAGCUUUGACGGAAAAUGUUGACGAUGAAGAAGAAUCGAAGUUCGAAGAGGAUCAAGAUAACAACGAUGUGGGUGAUAGUUCCGGAGAAACAGAGAAAUCACAUACAGAGCCAUCGAGUCCUGAUGAGGUCAGCAUUGCAGAGAUUCCUGACGACGCACCUCUGAGCAAAUGGAAGUGUCAAAUGGGGAAGAAAAACUCGAGAAAGACACGAUGA